AUGCGACGCAGUCGCACCCCCCCGGCCGCCUCGCCCUUUCGCGCCCUGGCCCAUCACCAAGCCCAGUAUGGCGCCAGCGGAACCCAGAACGGCCAGCAGGCGCGUGACUCAGUCUCGUCCGUCCUGCGCUCGUUCAAUGUCGAGACCAACCCAGCCCGCCCGAUACGCCCUUCGCCCCUGACCGCCUCGACCAUCCCGGACAUGCCUUUGGACCUAGUCGACCGCAUCCGAUCCUUUCCACUCUUCAUGUCCGCCCCCGACGACUUUCUAGCCGCCAUUGGCAAGCACUUGCGACCUCAGAUCCACGCUGCCCACGACCAUAUCCUGAUGGAAGGAGAUGACGCCAAAGCGAUGUACUGGGUUGUGCGGGGCGUGGUAGCCGUCACCUCCCGUGACGGAGAGGCCGUCUACGCCGAGCUCAACCCCGGUGCGUUCUUUGGGGAAAUCGGCGUGCUCAUGGACAUGCCUAGAACUGCCACGAUCAUUGCGCGGACUAAGUGUCUGCUGGUGGUGCUCAAAAAGGAGGACUUGCAGGCCGAGCUUCCGAAAUACCCCGAAAUGGAGCAGGCAAUCCGUCAAGAAGCCCAAGAGAGAUUAGCGAUCCUGAAGAAGAAAAGACAGGAGGGAAGUCAACCGGUCAAGCUACCCGAUACGAGUUCUGCUAGCCUUGCGCGCGAGCCCAUCCCCGGAGAGGUCAGCACGGGGGAAGUGGGCGUCAUUAAGGAGGGCACCGUCGUGAACACGAAGAAACGCAAAUCUCCAAGUCCAGGGGUUGUCGAGGAUUCCGCCAUUAGUGGGAGUGCCCUUGGUAGUGGCUAUGUCAAUGUGCGAACCACACUCCGAGAGUUACCCCUGUUUGCGACAUUACCAGGCGACAUCCUCCAUUUCCUCGGCCUCAACGCACAGCCAAAGUCGUACCCACCGUUUACGGAUAUUGUCCGCCAGGGCGCUCCAGGCAAUGACAUAUUCUUCAUUGUUCGUGGCGAGGCCGAGGUCGUACAAGAGCCCGUGAGCCCCACUUUGAGGCGGACUACGAAAACUACAUAUGCGCGGCCCAGGUUAAAACAAGGGCAGUACUUUGGUGAGGUUGCCAGCCUCGGUCUCUCUCAGUGGAGAACAGCCACGGUACGCGCCGUGUCAGACGUCGAGUGCCUCAUCAUUCCUGGCGAUGUUCUUGACGAGCUGUGGCAGAGAUGCCCGCCAGGAGUGAAGUCCCAGGUUGAGGAAACGGCCCGGGAACGUUUUCACCCCGAGACGGAAGAUGUCGAGAUGGAGGAUGCGCCGGUAAAUGGAGAAGCCGAACCACAACCGCAGAUCGAAAAGCCCAUUCCGGGCGUCACAUUCUCCAUACCUACACAACCUGUCUCCCCACCAACGGAAGAGGAAGACACGCGCCGUCCCUCGGAUCCGGACCCUUUCCUAAGCGUGGAUAUGGAGAACCUACGGAAUAGGCGGCGCAACUCCCUAGCCCCCCCAACUCCUCAGACGGAUUGCAGCGUGAUCGUGGGCGGUAUCAAGGUACCUCCCGUCACUCCAGCUCCCCCGCUUCUGUCUCCGAUCUCGUUGGAUGACUCGCCACUUCCCAAAAGGGCCCGCAUUUUCCCUCAAUCAGAAAAGGGGAAGAGCAUCGCCAGGUUCCCCGACAGGGUUUGGAUCGAGGUAUUCAAACAUAUGGACCUGGUGGAGAUGAUUCGACUGAGGGGCGUCUGCAAGAGCUGGCAGCACAUGCUAUCAACUAGCCCAGAGUUGUGUCGGCGCGUUGACCUCGGCCAACUAAACCGCAAAGUCAACGACUGGUCCGUGGCUAACAUCAUCGCCCCGUUCCUUGGCACUCGCCCAGUCGAGCUUGAUAUCAGCAAUUGUUUCCAUAUCACUGACCAGGGCUUCCAGACUCUCUGGAGGUCCUGCGGGAAAAAUGUCAAGAUCUGGCGUAUGCGCAGCGUCUGGGACGUAUCGGCAUCCCAGAUCCUCGAGAUGAGCGAAUGUGCCAAGGGCCUAGAGGAAGUAGACUGGAGCAAUUGUCGCAAAGUCGGUGACAACCUCCUAGCGCGAGUCGUUGGCUGGGUUGUGCCAAACCCACCACCUUCUCGUGAGAACGGCCCCGCGAAUAACGGAGCCAACAACAAAAACGUUGUCAUCGCCCCCUCGGGCAAAACCCGUCGCGCCCAGCAGCAGCAGCAGCAACAGCAGCAGCAGCAACUAGCCCGCUCACCACCGCCAAACCCACCCCCUUCGCACCCACCUCCCCCUCCCCCAGGCACCAUCAUCGGUUGCCCCCGUCUCCGCCGGCUGAACCUUUCCUACUGCAAACACAUCACCGACCGCUCCAUGGCCCACCUCGCCGCGCACGCGGCGUCCCGUCUCCAAUCCCUCAGCCUAACCCGCUGCACCUCCAUCACCGACGCCGGGUUCCAAGCCUGGGCGCCCUACCGCUUCACACGUUUAACACAUCUCUGCCUGGCGGAUUGCACCUAUCUGUCGGAUAACAGUGUCGUGGCGUUGGUGGGUGCUGCCAAGAGUUUGACACAUCUGGAUUUGAGCUUUUGCUGCGCGCUAUCGGACACCGCGACGGAGGUGGUGGCCCUGGGGCUGCCGCUGCUGCGGGAGCUGAGGAUGGCUUUUUGCGGGAGCGCUAAUGUGUUGGAAGGGUGUGCGAGGCUCGAGUGGGUGGAUGUGAGCCAGUGUAAAAAUUUGGGAGGCUGGCUUGUCGGAGGCGGCGUGGGGCGAUGGGGAUUUGAUGAGAGGAAGACGGAGGAAGGGGCAUGGGCGAUCGCUGCUGCUGGGGGUAGUAACACUUCGGGUUCCAACUCGUCCAGCUCGGCCGCUGCUGCGGCGCCCCUCGGGCCUGGUCCCGUCAUGCGGCCGGUGGUGCCGCCCCGAGGAGCUCGGAAACGGAGGGUGAGGAAACCAAUCCGGUUUGUGGUGGAGAAGGGCCCCGGUGGGUUACGUUGA